ACGCGUGACGCACGGCGGCGAGGCCGGCCGGCGGUGUGUCCCGGGGCAGGAGCGCAGCCUCCGGGAAGACGGUCGCGCGUGCCCGCUGCCGCCUCUCCGUUGGCGGCCGUGAUGCGCUCCGCUCGCGGCUCCCCGCCCCUGGGACUCCCGGCCGCCGUGUCGGGCGCUGCGGAACGGUUCAACUAUCACACACAGAAAUGUUUAGAUCAGAAUUCCUGUGUCAUGAAGAAUUUUUAAACUAGGUUUUCUUGAUCUUCCCAGAAGAGGAUUUGAUGCUGGAAACGGAAGAUAUCAGUCAAAGGAGGGUUCUGAUUCUGGGAGGACACGUUGUUGCUGUAAUAGUGGUUGAAGACUGACUCCCAGAACAUUGCCUGACCUCUGACGUGUCAGCAUGGGGAGGGCCCAUGGGCAUCUGUCACAGAAAGAACGCGAUAAUGCCAGGUGGGCUCUGCAGGAGUUAAUGUAGCUUACCGUAAAGGGUAUGUUGUGCUGGAAUCUGCAAGGGAUUGUAUUAAGCACAGGAUAACUGUCUCUAAGCCUCAAAGGGGAUGAUAAACUCCAUGGACUGGCCCAAGAACCCAAAUGCAGACUAGAAACUACAAAUGGAAAUUUCCAUUGGACUUGGCAUCUCCUGUCUUUUUCCUGCUUCCUGGCAUUUUAGCAUCUCUCCAGUGGGAUGUCCUCGAAUUUUGAAUACCAAUGUACGCCAAAUUGUUGUUAUUAGUAUUCUGGCUGCUGCUGUUUCACUUUUAUACUUUUCUGUUGUCAUAAUCCGAAAUAAAUAUGGGCGACUAUCCAGAGACAAAAAGUUUCAAAGGUACUUGGCACGAGUCACUGACAUUGAAGCUACAGACACCAAUAACCCCAAUGUGAACUAUGGUAUCGUGGUGGACUGUGGUAGCAGUGGGUCUCGAAUAUUUGUCUAUUGCUGGCCCAGGCAUAAUGGCAAUCCUCAUGACCUGUUGGAUAUCAGACAAAUGAGGGAUAAGAACCGAAAGCCAGUGGUUAUGAAAAUAAAACCAGGCAUUUCAGAAUUCGCUACCUCUCCAGAGAAAGUCAGUGAUUACAUUUCUCCGCUCCUGAACUUUGCUGCAGAGCAUGUGCCACGGGCAAAACACAAAGAAACCCCUCUCUACAUUCUUUGCACAGCUGGAAUGAGGGUCCUUCCUGAAAGCCAGCAGAAAGCCAUCCUGGAAGACCUUCUGACUGAUAUCCCCGUGCAUUAUGACUUUCUGUUUUCUGACUCUCAUGCAGAAGUGAUUUCAGGGAAACAGGAAGGUGUGUAUGCUUGGAUCGGCAUUAAUUUUGUCCUCGGACGAUUUGAGCACAUUGAAGAUGAUGACGAGGCCGUUGUGGAGGUUAACGUUCCUGGAAGCGAGAGCAGGGAAGCCUUUCUCCGGAAAAGAACUGCCGGUAUUCUCGACAUGGGAGGCGUGUCAACCCAGAUAGCAUACGAAGUCCCCAAAACUGUAAGCUUUGCCUCCUCACAGCAGGAAGAAGUAGCUAAGAACUUGCUGGCUGAAUUUAACCUUGGAUGUGAUGUUCACCAGACUGAGCAUGUGUACCGAGUCUAUGUGGCCACAUUUCUUGGGUUUGGUGGCAAUGCUGCUCGACAGAGAUAUGAAGACAAGAUAUUUGCCAACACGUUUCAAAAGAACAGGCUCCUGGGGAAGCAGACUGGUCUAGCUCCUGACACUCCAUACCUGGACCCCUGUUUACCCCUAGACAUUAAAGAUGAAAUCCAGCAAAAUGGGCAGACCAUGUACCUGCGGGGAACGGGAGACUUCGACCUGUGCCGAGAGACUCUCCAGCCUUUCAUGAACAAAACAAACGAGACACAGACUUCCCUCAAUGGGGUCUACCAGCCCCCCAUCCACUUCCAGAACAGCGAGUUCUAUGGCUUUUCUGAAUUCUACUAUUGCACUGAAGACGUGUUACGAAUGGGAGGAGACUACAAUGCGGUUGCGUUUACUAAAGCUGCAAAGGAUUAUUGUGCAACAAAGUGGUCGAUCUUACGAGAGCGCUUUGACCGAGGACUGUAUGCCUCUCACGCGGACCUCCACAGGCUAAAGUACCAGUGCUUCAAGUCUGCCUGGAUGUUCGAGGUGUUUCACAGGGGCUUCUCCUUUCCUGUCAACUAUAAAACCCUAAAGACAGCCUUGCAGGUUUAUGACAAGGAGGUGCAGUGGACCCUUGGAGCAAUCCUCUACAGGACCCGCUUUUUACCCUUAAGAGAUAUCCAGCAGGAGGCCUUCCGGGCCAGUCACGCUCACUGGCGGGGCUUCUCCUUCGUCUACAACCACUACCUGUUCUCCGGCUGCUUCCUGGUGGUCCUGCUCUCCAUCCUCCUCUACCUGCUGCGGCUCCGGCGCAUCCACAGGCGGACGCGCAGUGGGGCCGCCGCCGCCCUCUGGCUGGAGGAGGGCCUUCCGGCCCAGAAGAUUGCAUGAACCUUAUGAACGGGAACAGGAGUUGGAGGCCCAGGAAGACCUUCUAAAGGAAAAGCCAUUUUUGCCUCAGGGUUUCGUCUCAAUUCUUGUUUUAUUUUUCCCUUCCCUUUUUGGUCCUUGAAACAAAAACAAAAUCCAUUGUGUGUAAACUGCUGUCCUAGAAGAUUGCAUUUACCCUGUUUUGUACACAGCUUUAAAUUGAGGAGUAGGGAAAAGGGAAAGUCACUUCGUAUAGGACAUCUGCCAAAAAUUACGGAGAUUUUUGGUUUUUCUUUAAGGUAUGUUUAAUUUUAAACAGAUGCACUUUGAUAGUGGAGGGAAAUGGCAAAGGUGUUUUCUAUGGUGAAGAUGGGACUGAAGAGUGAGACUUGCAGAACCCAAGACCUACCGAGUGAAAUUAAAAUGCUUUUCCCUCUGUCCUGAAAGCUCUAACCUAAA